UAAAACACAUAAUCGUUUGCUGCUGACAGGCGACCAUGAAUCUAGGAGAAGCAGCCGCAUCUCUCCUUUCCAUGUCUCAAACCCCCCUUUGAGGGCGGGAGCCCGCAUUGAUCGCUUUUCCACUUCACAUGAAAGGCCUAUGGGCUUUUCGAUUAAUAUCCUUCGUGGGAGAGUAUUUCCAAUCAACAUCUCAGGCGAAUAUUACCAAGACACACUCCUGCUCAGAGUUAAUCUUGUUUUUGCCAGCGUGUUUGCCGCUUGUCUUGAACAUGUUUUAUCUUGCGUGUGUCUUCGCAUUUUGGCGUAGAAAACCAUGCACGUUUGUGAGACACAGCAGGAAACUGCUUGAGACCGACCACGAGACAACAAGCAUCAAUAUGCAAGAAUGCUUGUUCAAUCCCAGUCUCCUUUUCUAUCAGUAGCGAAGCCUAAGCUAUAUAGAUUCCCACGUUCCCUAUUAUGUUCAGAGUUCAUCGACAAUCUCGAACAACGAAUUGACAACAUUCCCCUUCUACUGCAACUUGGACGCUGAAUACAACCUGAGUUUAGUAGCCCUAUCGUGAGGAAAUCGUUACUCGUUAUGGUUAAUUGCCAUCGCUGUGGCCGUGAGGGCCAUAUCGCUAGGAACUGUCCAUACUACUUUGCGCACCAGCUACCCCAAAUCUUCCAGAAUGAAUUUAUCGAGGGAUGGUCAACCAAACCGUGCAUCUGGUGCGGUAGUCGUGAUCACGGUGUCAGUGCUUGCGGUUCGGCCAAUCCUGCUUCUCCCGGCAAUAUCUAUCGGAAACUACAGCAAGAACGUCUCCUUAAAAAGGCAAUAGCACAUAUAAGCUGGUAUCAGUAUGAGGAGCCAACAGGCAAGAGAAUGACUUCGAACCAGCCCGCCCCCAACCAACAUUCGGCAGCUCCUGUGGCACAGGGAGCAUCUUUGGACUUUGUAGACACAGAUCCCGAUAGUGUGCUGCACUAUCCUCCUCGCAUAGGCGGACUUCCCCCAAAAGGCUCUACGCUGGGUAAAGAGUGGAAGCUGCCAGAUGAAACGAGCCAAUGCAAAUCGUCCUCGGAAGUGUCAGAUCCCAAUCAUCCAUUACGUCAGAAGUUCCUGCAGACGAAGCCCCCGGGCAGCAAGGUUGUUGUCACAAAUCAUUUCGAAUACAACAUUCAUGUCGACAAUCUUUAUGAGUAUCAAAUUCUUGACAUCAACGAGAAGGACCGCCGCAAGACCAAGAACAUAUUCGCUCGCACCAUCGAAAAAACUCCUUUCCUUGCACAGAACCGGGAUAAAUUUGCCACCGACUACAUCAGUACGAUUGUAGCAUGGGACAGACUUGGACCAGAGAUGAAAAAUGAAGAAGAAAUGGCAUUGACAAUCCCUUCAUUUACUGGCAAGAACAUCCACCUGAGAUUCAAGUUUGUGGCCACACAUCGAGUGAGUGAUUUACGCGACUAUUCAUUCGGAAAGCCUGCAUUCGAGGAUAAAAAUAUCGGCGAUAUUUCGAAAUGUAUGAACAUUGUGUUUUCCGGCCGUUUCGAUCCAGCUAUAGUUCAUAAACAGUCAUCCAACAAGUUCUUUGUCAAGAACGCCCGGGGUUCUUUGCGCUUUGAUCGUAAUAUGGGUGAUUCUCAGUCCUUAGAGAUCAUACGCGGCUACUAUUAUAACAUCAAGGCGGGAAUGGGCAACAUUGUCCUCAACUUCAAUCUCGCUACCAGCGCCUUCUAUCGACCAAUUUUGGUUUCAGAGUUCUUAGAUGAUCCAAAGACGUUCGCUGGUAAGCAGAAAGCCGAAUUGAAAGGUCUGAGAGUCGUACUCGUUGCGGAGCGGCGCCAGUCCAAAGAUGGCAAAAACGUGGGUUCUGGGGCAGACAAGUCGAAAUCCCACAAGAUCUACAAGGUGGCCGAACUCGGAGAGAAAAUCGAGAGCCAGACUUUUCGCAAGAAGAUCAAGGGACCAGAUGGAAAGUUUGUGGAAGAUGUAAACGGCAAAUUCAUAACGGAAGACAAAGAUAGCCGGGUGAACGACCACAUCAAAGAGAAUUUUGUGAAGCCCCCAGUUACCGGAAGGGAGGCUGUCAAUGUGGGUACUCUGGGUAAGCCCAUAUGGUAUGCACAAGAGCAGCUGCGGAUUGUACCCUAUCAGGUCUACACACGACCUGUUCCAGACAAUUUGACUGCCUCUAUGGUAACUCAAUCGGCUAGAAAACCCGAAAUUGCUCGAGCAUUUAUCGAGAAAGAGGGAUUGGCAACCCUUGGUUUUCCUCCUAGGAAUGUUAACGCAAAAGAUAAAUCCAAGUCGAAGCAGUCGGUUGCCAUUGAAGUCGAUCCUUCUAUGUUAAAGGUGCCCUACGACAUCUUGAGUAUUCCUGUUGUCCAGUAUAAUAGGGACCAGAGGGGUAGACGAAGGGAACCUAGGUUGAUUACCCGCUGGAAGAUCCCUCAUCAAGCGGCCUUCCACACAACCAGUCCCCCCCGAGCCUUCAAUUACUGCUUCAUUACGCAUAUGGGCAACGAAAGCUUUACCGAAGGACAGUAUACGAACGCGAUCAACAGUCAUAUGGCUAAAUGUGGUAUGCAUCCGCAGCGUCAGCCGACCAUUGGAGUGGCGGCGACGCCCACCGAUAUCGACUUCGAUCAAGCUUUACAGAAGGCUAGGAAUCGAAAUGUCUUCCUCGCGAUUAUAGUGCUAAAAUCCCGAAGCAUUCCGUUGUACACAAUUGUCAAGGACCUCGCAGAUCGCAAACACGGCAUUCAUACCAUCUGUUUGACGAAGGUCCCCAAGAACAUGGAGGACUAUAUGAGCAACGUCUCCAUGAAAUUCAAUCUCAAGUUUGGAGGGAUCAACCACUCCGCGAAGCUCGUACCGGAGAUCUUGUCAAAUCAUACCAUGGUGUUGGGUGCAGAUGUUGUUCAUGCAGGUCCUAGUUCUUUCCCCGGAACGCCCUCCAUUGCUGGUAUUGUUGGAUCAGUAGACAACACGGGAGGAAAAUUUUUAGGCUCCGUUCGUCUCCAGCUUGUUGAAAAGAAGGACAAAGAGAUCAUUGACGAUGUAGAAUCGAUGGUAUACGAACGCCUCAACGACUGGCAAAAGAGGAACCCCACCUCAAGGUUGCCGAAAAACAUCAUCUACUACCGCGACGGUGUCAGCAAUGGUCAGUACAAUAAAGUGAAGGACCGCGAGAUUGUAGCUAUUCGCAAAGCAUACGGUUCCUGGGCUACAAAGCUCAAGCUACCAAACAAACUCAACAUCACCGCCGUCGUAGUGGCAAAGCGUCACCAUACCCGCUUCUACGUUCAAAAUCCCGGUGAAGGAGACAGACAUGGCAAUGACAAUACCGAACCAGGUACCUUUGUGGAUAGGCUGGUGACUUCACCCUAUCACCAGGAUUUCUAUCUCCAAAGCCACAUCGGUAUCCAGGGGACUGUCAAGCCCGCUCACUACUUCGUCCUGGAAGAUGGCAUCCCAGGACUUGAUCUCGAGACGCUGCGCAAUCUGACGCAUGGCCUCUGCUACUCUUACGUCCGCGCAACUGUUGGCGUCUCCUAUGCGGCCCCCGCAUACUAUGCCGACCAUCUCUGCGAGCGCGCCCGACUUUACGUCCGAAAGUACUACAUCAGUGACGAUAAAGAUUUCAAGGACGAGCUCAAAAAGAAAAAGGAUGAGCUUACCGCGCAGAAGAAAAAGGAUCGCAACUAUCCAGAGGGCCGUAGGACCGACGAGCAGAAAGAAAAGAUCAAGAAGGAGAAGGCGCAGGACACCGAGGAAAUUAACAAGGAGCUCAACAGGAUUGUCGUUAGCAAAUUGAAGCGGGACUUUUACAAGUUCAACGGUGGAGAUCCUGACGGCGAUGACAUUCGGGUUACCGGCAACCCUUGGAGUGACAGGAUUGCAGAUACUAUGUUUUGGAUGUAGGUGGAGCAUCGAGGAGAUUGCGAUGAAACGUCGCCUUUCGGGCUGUAGCAUGGUAUGAUCAGUUAUUGUUUUGUUGUUGCGCACCGCGCCAUUUUCUUCCU